UCCCCUGGGGAGAUGGGGGAGGGGGGGCGGUGCGGCAGUUCAUAUUGGCCUGGGGACAUAUGGGCUGGAGCUGGCCAGGGGCCUCCAGUAUCCGUGAAGGAUUCCUGUUCUUCUCAGAUGGACUCCGGGAGCUCCCGGCCGGGGGAGCAGAACCCGACCGAGGCAGGGGCAGAGCGGGAACUGCGGUGGGUGGAGCUGAGCUCAGAGGAGGCCCUGGGAGCCCAGACAGAGGGGCCCAGCGCCCCACAAGCCUGGGGGCGCCUGCUGCAAGCCGUGUGGAGGGGUCACCCGGGCCUGGUGACAAAGCUGCUGCGUCAAGGGGCCAGUGUGGAGGAGAGGGACCGCGCAGGCAGGACCCCGCUCCACCUGGCCGUGCUGCGCGGCCACGUGCCCCUGGUGCGCCUGCUGCUGCAGCGCGGGGCCGCCGUGGGAGCCGCCGACCGCGCGGGGCGCACCCCGCUGCACGAGGCCGCCUGGCACGGCCACUCGCGGGUGGCGGAGCUGCUGCUGCAGCGCGGGGCCCCGGCCGCGGCGCGCUCGCGGGCCGGCCUCACGCCGCUGCACUGGGCCGCCGCGCUGGGCCGGACGCUGCUGGCCGGGCGCCUGUUGGGCGCGCCGGGCCCGGGCCCCGCGGCGGCGGACGCGCGCGGCUGGACCGCGGCGCACUGGGCGGCCGCGGGCGGCCGGCUGCCGGUGCUGGAGCUGCUGCUGGCGGCGGGCGGCGCGGGCCCGGACGGCGCCCUGCUCGUGGCGGCCGCGGCCGGGCGCGGGGCGGCGCUGCGCCUGCUCCUGGCGCGCGGGGCCCGGGUGGACGCCCGGGACGGCGCGGGGGCCACAGCGCUCGGCAUCGCGGCGAGCCUGGGCCGCACGCAGGACAUGGAGGUGCUGCUUGACCGUGGGGCAGAUCCCAGCCUCAAGGACAGGCACAGUCGCUCUGCACUCCACAGGGCUGCUGCUGGUGGACACCUGCCCGCUGUCCAGCUGCUAGUGGCCUGGGGAGCGGAGCUGGAUGCUGGAGACUCACUGGGCCUCACGCCACUGCACCACGCCGCUCGGGGAGGCCAUGCAGAGGUUGCCAGCCACCUCCUAGACAGGGGAGCGCAGGUCAAUGCUGCUGGGUGGCUCCACAAGACCCCCCUUCACCUUGCCAUGGAGCACGGCCACGGCCCCACCGCAGAGCUCCUGCUGAGCCGAGGGGCUAGCCCCACCUUGAGGACACAGUGGGGUGAGGUGGUCCGGGACCUGGUGUCCGAGGGGGCCUGCCCCAGGCGCUGCUCACCCUUUGCAGAGAGUAGGAGUGGGAGGGGCACAUAGCCCCAGAGGCCCUGAGCUGGGCAGAAGGCUCCAGGCUCCCACAGCCUUCCGAGCGUGCCAGGCUCCUCUCUUCUGGGCCGAGACUGCCUGCCUGGACAGAGGGGAGGACAGCUGAGAGGUUCCUGGAAGAGAAGGGGGGCAGUGGCUUGAGCUCCAGUAAUGGGCCUGGGACUGCCCCACUGCCCCCUAGGGGGCACAUCACCCCUGCAGCACUCGUUAGCAGAGAGAUUGAGUUGUGGCAACAGAUUUGACUAAAACCUGACAGUGUCCCCUGGGUCCAUCAUGGGGUUGUCACUCUCAGCUGCUCUGUACAUGGGGAUUAUCUUCCUGUGUUUUGUUAGAUCCGAUAUUUGUCUGUUGGCACCCAUGUGCCAUGGGCUGUUGGCCCCAGCUGUUUCCAUCUCCCCUGUGAUCGAGCCUGUACUCAGAACUGCUGUCCUCUCUCCACACUCAGUUGAUAUUCCCCCUGUCCUAAAUUAUCUAGGGUCAGGUACCUGUCAACUAGGGACAGGCCCCAUGCACCAACGACCACUGGGAUUAUCCAACCAGUCAAUUCUAAACUGCUUUCCUUGCCCUGCCUUGCCUUUCCUGUGGGAGCCCCAAUAAAGGCUCUGGCCGGAGCUUUCCCCUUGCUCCCGCUUUUGCCUCCAGAGGACACUGGUGCCUCUCCCUGCGGCCCUGUAGGGCACGGUGUGCCCUCUUCUCUCAGGAAAUGCAGGUAAUAAGAAAUGUACUUUCAAUGGCAUCAGCCUCUCCCUGUCAUCACUCAGCCGUCUCCAUAAAUUAAAACUCCUGCGGUAGAAUUGAAACAGAGGAACGCUUGUCUCUGACUGUCCACCUCUGUAUCCUCAUGGAAAAAUCACCACCAUUGUUCGAUUUAAAACUAUAAUUUUCCUGAGAGAA